AACUAGAGCUGGGCCAGUCUGACAGCGGAGGGCAAGCGGCGGAGAGACAGACCCACAGACAGUCAUGUCCACCGCCGAGGGGAAGAACGGAGCCGUAAGCGCCGUGGCCGGCUCCCGAGUGGGCUGUCGCAGCGUUGGGAAUAAAGUGACAGUGGUGCUCGGAGCUCAGUGGGGUGACGAAGGUAAAGGGAAAGUCGUGGAUUUGCUGGCACAGGACGCCGACAUCGUCUGCAGAUGUCAGGGGGGGAAUAAUGCCGGGCACACCGUCGUGGUGGACGCGGUGGAGUACGACUUCCACCUCCUCCCCAGCGGGAUCAUCAACCCCAAUGUCACCGCCUUCAUCGGCAACGGGGUGGUGAUUCAUUUGCCGGGCCUUUUCGAGGAGGCCGCGAAGAACGUAUCCAAGGGGAAAGGUCUGGAGGGCUGGGAGAGCAGGCUGAUCAUCUCUGACCGGGCGCACAUCGUGUUUGAUUUCCACCAGGCCGUCGAUGGGGCUCAGGAGCAGGAGAGGCAACAGCAGGCCGGGAAGAACUUGGGCACGACGAAGAAGGGAAUCGGCCCAGUAUAUUCGGCCAAAGCGGCCCGCAGCGGACUGCGGAUAUGUGACCUCCUGGCUGAUUUCCAAGAGUUUUCCGAAAGAUUUAAAGUAUUAGCCCUGCAGUACAAGACCAUGUACCCAAAACUGGAGAUCGACAUUGACGGCGAGCUGGAAAGGCUAAAGGUCUAUGUUGAGAGGAUAAAGCCGAUGGUGCGGGAUGGUGUGUAUUUCCUGUAUGAGGCCCUGCAUGGACCUCCCAAGAAGAUUCUAGUAGAGGGAGCUAACGCCGCCUUGCUGGACAUUGACUUUGGGACCUACCCCUUUGUGACCUCAUCGAACUGCACGGUGGGCGGAGUCUGCACCGGGCUGGGCAUGCCGCCCCAGAACGUGGGCGAGGUGUACGGAGUGGUCAAGGCCUACACCACCCGCGUGGGCAUCGGGGCCUUCCCCACCGAGCAGAGCAAUGAAAUCGGGGAGCUCCUCCAGACCAGGGGGCGGGAGGUGGGGGUGACCACCGGCCGGAAGAGGCGGUGCGGCUGGCUGGACCUGGUGCUCCUCAAAUACGCCCACAUGAUCAACGGCUUCACCGCUUUAGCCCUUACUAAGCUGGACAUCCUGGAUGUGUUUCCAGAAAUUAAAGUGGGCGUGGCCUACAAGGUCAACAAUGAACAGAUACCUCAUUUCCCAGCGAAUCAGGAGGCCUUGCAGAAGGUGGAAGUGCAGUACGAGACCCUGCCCGGCUGGAACAUGGACACCUCCUCUGUCCGCACCUUCCAGGAGCUUCCGGAACAGGCGCAGAAGUUUGUCCGCUACAUCGAGGAGCACCUGCAAGUGCCUGUGAAGUGGAUCGGCGUGGGUAAAUCACGGGAGUCCAUGAUCCAGCUCUUCUGAGGACCACACAGCCCAGCACGGCGUAACCCCGCUCCCUGAGAUUCCACAGCUUCCUGUCCCCCUAGAGGUCAAGGGUCAGGGUUCCGGGGUUACCACAAAAAGGACAACGCUGCAUGUCGACGUUUCUCAGUGCGGGACACCCCCCCCCCCAAUCUCCAGGGCAGCAGCACAACAGUGCACCAACCAGGGGGCAUGUCCCCACAGCAACCACGCCCACCUCUAGCCCCGCCCGCCCACCCACCCACCACGCACGUGUAUAUAUCCUCCUUCUUUAUUCUUCCAGGAAAAGGACCAAUCGGUAGCGCAGUGUCAAAAUGAAACCCCUCCCACUUUUCUCCGGUUCCCCUGUCUCUGGGCUUUUCGUCUGUGUCUGACGUCCCCGCAGCUGUUUUAAGUGUACAUGCGUUGUUUGCCUUAGCUGUUCUGAGAAUGCCUGUCAUUCAUACUCUGCCUUGUCUGACUGACUCUCUUCCACUCCACGGGAAUUAUGGGAGGGUGCCGCUGUUGCUGACAACCGGUCCGGUGGUGUUAAAAAAAAUCUUUUAAUUUCUUUCUGUUGGAAGGACUGGCUAACCUCUCUUUUUAUCUGUCUCUCUGCCUCUCUCUCUGUCUCUGUCUCUCUCUCUCUCUCUCACAUUUGCCUGUUACAUAGCCUGUGGAAACCAGGAAAGGGGGGAAAUGUCUUUGUGGUCCUAAGUCUAAAGUCAGGGAAGCAAAGAGCCCUGCGUUUAAAGAGGUCAGGAUGUGUUCUUAAAACUACUGAAGAGCAGGACAUAUACAACUACUGUAGCAAUAAUUUAUAAUCAAACAGAAGUCCAUUAUCCGUGGGGAAAUCUAUUGUCCUUUAUUAAAUCCAUGACAGUGUCCUAGGAGAAGUCUGUUAUCCCAGGAGAAACACAGUAUCAUUCAGCCAUGUGUGCAGUGAUUGCGUGAUCCUGU